AUGACCACUACUACCACUAUUAUGCUUUUAGAUCACAUCCAUUCGAUCAAAGGUUAUUGUUACGAUUUGCCUGUAGAAUUCGCCAGCAAAGGCAUGCAAUUACCUGUGACAAUUUUUACUGCUUUGGCGAUCUUAUGUUACGGUUGCUUCUUGAUGUAUAGUCUGAUAAAUGAUGCUCCUGUUCUGGUUACUGUUACGACAAUUCAGUCAUACAUUAAAACUCCUAGUAAGAAAAAAGUUAAAGCCGCUUUUGAAUUUGAUGUGAAUUGCACUUUCCUCAACCCCGAUCCAAUUUGCACUGAUUAUAUAUCGAAUUUAACUGAUCUAACUGAGAGUACAUAUUGGUUCAAAUUCAAUGCAUCUGAGAUCGCAGCAUUCUCUCAGGACGAGAUAGAGGAUAACACAGACGAGACAAAGAAUAUCAAUCUAGACAGGAUAAGUGCGAUUGAAUUCACUUUUGAGAAAUCUGAUUCAUCGCAGUUGAAUUAUCGUUCUUAUAUAAAAGCAACUCUUUGGGAUUCUGGCAACGAUGACGAGGACAGUGUGAGCCUCGGUACUUUAAGUCAAACAACAGCAAAUAAUCGAUAUUUUCUUUCACCUUUUCAAAAUAAUUUUAUCAAUUUUAGAAGGUAUAAAAACGAAAGCCUCGUUCAUAGUAUUAGAAAUGUGUUGGGCGUUCCUCCUUCCGAACUAUUUGAAGCUUAUUACAUCGAUACGACAUUCCAAACCGCCAAUAUUGCCGGAAAUCAAACUCAUUAUUUGCUUUUGACUAUAAGAUUACUAACUUACGAGGGUUUGGCCAUAGUAAGUGAACUCGGUGGUGCUUAUGCACCUUUUAUGUCUGCGUUUCUCUAUACGUUUGGUUUAUAUCUCUGCUAUAAAAAACCAAUCACUCCAAAGAAAUUUAUUGAGAGAUUUAAUGAUAACGUAGAUGAGAAUCAAGAUGAUCCCUCGCUUACUACUGAUACACUUGAUACUCGGUUGAAACGGGUGGAGAAGUUAUUAAGCGAGUAUAAUUUCAAUGUUUGA